CCACUGUUUGCCAUUUUCUCAUGGCAACGAGCCUCACAUCUUGCUGCUGUGAUGGCACACUGCGGUAUUACGCCUAACAGAUAGGGGGAGUUUAUCAAAAUUAGGUUUGUUUUCAAAUUCUUUGUGGGUCUGUGUAAUCUGAAGGAAGUUUCCACCUCAUUUUGUGGGCAGUGAGCACAUAGCCUGUCUUCUCUUGAGAGCCAGUUCUGCCUAUUGCAGCCUUUCUCAAUAGCAAGGCUAUGCUCACUGAGUCUGUACAUAGUCAAAGCUUUCCUUAAGUUUGGGUCAGUCACAGUGGUCAGGUAUUCUGCCGCUGUGUACUCUCUGUUUAGGGCCAAAUAACAUUCCAAUUAGCUCCGUUUUUUUUUGCUCGAUUCUUUCCAGUCUGUCAAAUAAGUAUCUUUUUAUUUUCUCAUGAUUUGUUUGUGUCUAAAUGUGUUUCUGUCCUGGGGCUCUGUGGGGUGUGUUUGUGAACAGAGCCCCAGGACCAGCUGGCUGAGGGGACUUUUCUCCAGGUUCCUCUUACUGUAGGAGAGUGCUUUGUGGGCAUGGCUUCCUUUUAGGUGGUUGUAGAAUUGAACAGUUAUUUUCUAGAUGUUGAUAACUGUCACGGUUUUCUGUAGGCAAAAGGGAGUUGGACCAAAAUGCUGCGUGGCUGUUGCGAUCCAUCUUUAAUGAGACAAAGUAAACACGAAUCGAAUACAAAAACAAUCAAUGUAAUACGAAAACCGAACCAGCCUAAACACUGGUGCUAAGUAACACAGGAACAAGGACAUUAGGACAAUCCCCCCACAAAACCCAACACCAAACAGGCUACCUAAAUAUGGUUCCCAAUCAGAGACAAUGACUAACACCUGCCUCUGAUUGAGAACCAUAUCAGGCCAAACAUAGAACUAGACAAACUAGACACACAACAUAGAAUGCCCACUCAGCUCACACCCUGACCAACCAAAACAUAGAAACAUACAAAGCAAACUAUGGUCAGGGUGUGACAAUAACUAGCGGCUAUAGUCCUAAUUCUGCAUUGCGUUGUACACAUAGUUUCAAUUGGUUGUUUGUCCCUUUUUGUGAAUUCUUGGUUGGUGAGCUGACCCCAGACCUCACAACCAUAGAGGGCAAUAACAGGUUGAAGUAUUUUUAGCCAGACCCUCAUUGGGAUGUUGAGUUUAAUGUUCCUUUUUAUGGCAUAAAAGGCCCUUCUUGCCUUGUCUCUUAGACCGUUCACUGCCUUGUGUUUGUUACCUGUGUUGUUCCUGUUUAGGCCGAGGUAUGUAUAGUUUGUGUGCUCCAGGGCAACGGUGUCUAGAUGGAAUUUGUAUUUGUCGUCCUUGGUUGGGGACAGAUCUAGGUGCUGCUGUAGGCCCUCCUUGGUUGGGGACAGAUCUAGGUGCUGCUGUAGGCCCUCCUUGGUUGGGGACAGAUCUAGGUGCUGCUGUAGGUCCUCCUUGGUUGGGGACAGAUCUAGGUGCUGCUGUAGGCCCUCCUUGGUUGGGGACAGAUCUAGGUGCUGCUGUAGGUCCUCCUUGGUUGGGGACAGAUCUUGGUGCUGCUGUAGGUCCUCCUUGGUUGGGGACAGAUCUUGGUGCUGCUGUAGGUCCUCCUUGGUUGGGGACAGAUCUAGGUGCUGCUGUAGGCCCUCCUUGGUUGGGGACAGAUCUAGGUGCUGCUGUAGGCCCUCCUUGGUUGGGGACAGAUCUAGGUACUGCUGUAGGUCCUCCUUGGUUGGGGACAGAUCUAGGUGCUGCUGUAGGUCCUUCUUGGUUGGGGACAGAUCUAGGUGCUGCUGUAGGUCCUCCUUGGUUGGGGACAGAUCUAGGUGCUGCUGUAGGUCCUCCUUGGUUGAGGACAGAUCUAGGUGCUGCUGUAGGUCCUCCUUGGUUGGGGACAGAUCUAGGUGCUGCUGUAGGUCCUCCUUGGUUGGGGACAGAUCUAGGUGCUGCUGUAGGACCUCCUUGGUUGGGGACAGAUCUUGGUGCUGCUGUAGGUCCUCCUUGGUUGGGGACAGAUCUAGGUGCUGCUGUAGGUCCUCCUUGGUUGGGGACAGAUCUUGGUGCUGCUGUAGGUCCCCCUUGGUUGGGGACAGAUCUAGGUGCUGCUGUAGGCCCUCCUUGGUUGGGGACAGAUCUAGGUGCUGCUGUAGGCCCUCCUUGGUUGGGGACAGAUCUAGGUGCUGCUGUAGGUCCUCCUUGGUUGGGGACAGAUCUAGGUGCUGCUGUAGGUCCUUCUUGGUUGGGGACAGAUCUAGGUGCUGCUGUAGGUCCUCCUUGGUUGGGGACAGAUCUAGGUGCUGCUGUAGGUCCUCCUUGGUUGGGGACAGAUCUAGGUGCUGCUGUAGGUCCUCCUUGGUUGGGGACAGAUCUAGGUGCUGCUGUAGGUCCUCCUUGGUUGGGGACAGAUCUUGGUGCUGCUGUAGGUCCUCCUUGGUUGGGGACAGAUCUAGGUGCUGCUGUAGGUCCUCCUUGGUUGGGGACAGAUCUAGGUGCUGCUGUAGGUCCUCCUUGGUUGGGGACAGAUCUAGGUGCUGCUGUAGGCCCUCCUUGGUUGGGGACAGAUCUAGGUGCUGUUGUAGGCCCUCCUUGGUUGGGGACAGAUCUAGGUGCUGCUGUAGGCCCUCCUUGGUUGGGGACAGAUCUAGGUGCUGCUGUAGGUCCUCCUUGGUUGGGGACAGAUCUAGGUGCUGCUGUAGGUCCUCCUUGGUUGGGGACAGAUCUAGGUGCUGCUGUAGGUCCUCCUUGGUUGGGGACAGAUCUAGGUGCUGCUGUAGGUCCUUCUUGGUUGGGGACAGAUCUAGGUGCUGCUGUAGGUCCUCCUUGGUUGGGGAUAGAUGCAUCGGAUCAUUUGCAAACAUUAGACAUUUGUUUUCCAAGUCCAGUUGGGCCGGGUGCUGCAGACUGUUCUAGUGCCCUUGUCAAUUCAUUGACAUAUAUGUUGAAGAGGGUAGGGCUCAAGCUGCAUCCCUGUCUCACCCUACAGGCCCUGUAUAGCCAGGUCCACCUCUACAAGGCAGCAGUGCCCACCUUUGGGUCCUGCCUUGUAGAGGGGGACCUAGUCAUAAAGGCUGUCCAUGUUCAGGGGGAGUGUUAGUCCAACUAGAUGUUUGAUUUUGAGGUACAGUCACGGGAAAUGCUUAUGUUUACUUUCUGUGUGGUAGCAGGGUGGAAGUCUUUCUGUGGUAGCACGGUGGAAGUCUUUCUGUGGUAGCAGUGUGGAAGUCUUUCUGUGGUAGCAGGGUGGAAGUCUUUCUAUGGUAGCAGGGUGGAAGUCUUUCUGUGGUAGCAGGGUGGAAGUCUUUAUGUGGUAGCAGGGUGGAAGUCUUUCUGUGGUAGCAGGGUGGAAGUCUUUCUGUGGUAGCAGGGUGAAAGUCUUUCUGUGGUAGCAGGGUGGAGAUAACCACUUGUGAAUUGGGGAAAGUGGAAGAAGCUUUUUCAAUCACUUCCUUCAGUGCUGAGGCCACCCUUUUCUGCUGUGUUCUCAGGUCGUUUGUGCCUGUGUGUAUUAUUAUGUGGCUGGGUGAACCGAGUUGGUCCUCAGACAGAAGGUCUAGGGCGCGCUGGGUGUUUGGACACCAGAGUUUAGACAGUCUUUGUUGGGAAAAAGUGUUUUUCCUUGUAUAUACUUCCUUAUUGAGCCCAUAAGUAGUACGAUCUUUGU